UUCUCCCCGCCUCUCUCUCUCUGUCUCCACAGCUAAAUGUCCAGGUGGUUGUCGUAACGGUGGGUUCUGCAACGAGAGACAGGUGUGUGAGUGUCAGGAUGGUUUCUACGGGCCGCACUGUGAGAAAGCCCUCUGCUCUCCCAGGUGUCUGAAUGGUGGACUGUGUAUGAGUCCGGGGGUGUGCAUCUGCCCACCUGGUUACUAUGGAGACAGCUGUGACAAAGCUAACUGCAGCAUCACAUGUUUAAACGGAGGGACGUGCUUCCACCCAGGGAAGUGUAUCUGUCAUGCAGGCUACGAGGGACCAAGCUGUGGGAUCAGUAAAUGUCUCCAGCCCUGCAGGAACGGAGGGAAAUGCACUGGGAAAAACAAAUGCAAAUGUGACAAGGGUUUCCACGGCGACCUGUGUUCCAAGGCUGUCUGUGAGCCCAGCUGUGGAGCCCAUGGGACCUGUGUGGAACCCAACAAGUGCCUGUGUAAGGAGGGCUGGCACGGGCGCCACUGUAACAAGAGAUACAGAGGAGGUGCCUCUAACACCCAUCGUCUCUCAUCAGGCCCUAAACACAAGCCUCAGCAGCACUCCUCCUCUGCCAAGGAGGUGAAAGACGCCCCCGAUGCCGGCAUCCCAGCAGAGACCAAUUACGUGGUAUAAGAGCCGGGUCCAGACAACCACACCUGGGUUCAAGCACUAUUCAACAUAUUUCAGAUACUUUCAGCAUCUGCUCUAGUCCGGUUGGCAGCGCCUGAUGGGUGCGGCCUG